GUCAUGCAGUUGUUGGUGUACUUCUCUGAUUUAUUAUGAUAUUGUUAAAUCACCCUUCGCAUUUAAUAAUAUAUUUGCUUUAAACGUUUUGUGGCAGAUAAUAACGUUUUUGACGAUUUGCCAGAUUUAAUAUGUACAGUGGACAUCUGCCGCCGGGUCUCAGUGAGGCUGACCUGAGCUCUGAGGAUGCUGAUGGAGAAACAGCAGAAAACACACAAGGCGAGCAGCUCUCACUUCAGUCAGACACAGAGCCACAUUCAGCGUGUGUACAGGUUGAAUGUAAUGACACAAAAACUGGUUUGCUCAAUGAUGCAUUUGGGAAUGAUUGUCUUCCUGGAGUUUCCUUGGAUAAGUGGCAAAAGUUCAAAGAGCUCCAGCGAGCAAAAGUUGAUCAGAGAAUGAAGGAAACACAAAGAAAGCGGAAAAGAAGGCGCCACAAGAAAGGUGGGACACAGAAUUGUGACGCUGAGCAGAAAAGAUAUGAUAGGCAAUUAUGCGAGCCUGAAGAGAAACAGGAGGAGCACUGGAAGGAGCUCAUGCAGUAUUUUGGCAUCAAUGAUAGACUCAAGCCGCCUCCUUGUAGGAGACCUCCUCACACGUCAGGCCUGGAAAAGAGCAUAGAAGCCAUCGCUGAAGGGGACUAUGGGAAGGCGGAAGAACUGAGUGACAGACUUGCUACUCGAGAGCUGGCCGUGAAAAUCGCACAAGCCGCCGAUUGCCGUGACUUCGCCCGCACCAAACAGGAAGCAGAGGCUUCCCAGCCAGCCCGAAAAAGGAGGAAGCAAAUCGCUUGGGGGUUUGAAGCAAAGAAAAGAUGGGAAACCAAAAGCAAUAUGGGAUUCAUGUGACAUUCGCUGCAGUUGAAACGUUUCUGUAAAGAUGAGUAAAGAUUUGGCAUGUUGAUUAAUUGUUUAUAGAGGUAAUCGUUUUAUAAUACAAUAUUAUUGCAUUCAAGUUUCCUUUUGUCAUUUAACAUUUUUAUUUCUUUUUUAAACCAGUUCUUUUGUCAUUCAUUCAGAUUUGUGGGUAAUUUUUUUAUGUAGCUAAAUAAAUUCCAUAAGCACACCAA